GUGACUUGAGGCUAGCGCAGCUGCGUAUCUCGUACAUUCUCAUAACGCAUCAACACCAGAGGACCAGAGAAAGUAGAUUUAUUCCGACUAUCACACAGCGUUGCGUCGCUGCCGUGGGGAUUACAGCAUGGGCGAAAGGACGGCCUUUGUUCUGCUGAUAGCUGCGACUUUGUCUCUUGCUGUCGAGGUUCCAUCAGAUGACUCGGUGGGAUUGCUCGCUGAGCCUCAGGUGGCCAUGUUCUGUGGGAAACUCAACAUGCACAUCAAUGUCCAGAGUGGCAAGUGGGAGUCUGAUCCUUCUGGAACCAAGAGCUGCAUCAGAACCAAGGAAGGGAUUCUGCAGUACUGCCAGGAGGUGUAUCCCGACCUGCAGAUCACUAACGUAGUGGAAGCCAACCAGCCAGUCAGCAUCCAGAACUGGUGCAAGAAGGGCAGACGUCAGUGCCGCAGCCACGUACACAUUGUAGUGCCCUACCGCUGCCUGGUCGGAGAGUUUGUGAGUGAUGCGCUUCUGGUUCCUGACAAGUGUAAGUUCCUUCACCAGGAGCGGAUGGAUAUGUGUGAGAGUCACCUGCACUGGCACACUGUGGCCAAAGAGUCAUGUGGCGAUCGAACAAUGAAUCUGCAUGACUUUGGGAUGCUGUUGCCAUGCGGUAUUGACCGUUUUCGUGGUGUAGAGUUUGUGUGUUGCCCGCUGGAGGAGCAGAGAGACUCUGAUGCUGAAGAGCAGGAAGAAGUGAACUCUGAUGUGUGGUGGGGAGCUGCUGAGAAUGAAUACACUGACAGCCUGCCCAAACAAGUCCCAACAGAACGGCAGGAACUGGAGUCCGCCACCGUGGACGAAGAUGAGGAUAUGAGAGACGACGUAGAAGAGGCCUGGGAGAACGAUGAGGAUGGAGACGGUGUGGAAGACGACGAGGAAGACGACGAGGACGAGGAGGCUAUGAAUGAACGUGACACCAGUGAGCAAGCUUCAAAUGUUGCUAUGACCACAACCACUACUACAACCACUGAGUCUAUAGAAGAGGUUGUACGAGCUGUGUGCUGGGCUCCGGCACGGAAAGGCCCAUGUCGUGCCAAGCUGUCCCGCUGGUACUUUGUGGCUGAGAAAGGACGCUGUGCUCCUUUUACCUUCGGGGGCUGCGGAGGCAACCGCAAUAACUUUGAAUCAGAGGAGUACUGCAUGGCUGUGUGCAGCAGCAGUGUGUUGCCUACUAUGGCUCCAAGCCCCCCCGACGCUGUGGGCCGCUACUUAGAGGCUCCUGGAGAUGUAAAUGAACACGCUCACUUCCAAAAAGCAAAAGAGCGCCUGGAGGCCAAACACAGGGAAAGAAUGUCCCAGGUGAUGAGGGAGUGGGAGGAGGCAGAGAGGCAGGUGAAGAGCCUUCCUCGUGCUGAUAAGAAGGCUGUCAUUCAGCAUUUCCAGGAAAAGGUUGAGGCAUUAGAGCAGGAGGCAGCCAUUGAGAGGCAGCAACUGGUAGAGACUCACAUUGCUCGGGUAGAGGCUCUGCUUAAUGACCGCCGCCGUAUGGCACUGGACAGCUUCCUAACUGCACUACAAGAUGACCAGCCCCGGCCUCGUCAGGUGUUUGGCCUGUUUAAAAAGUAUGUGCGGGCCGAGCAAAAGGACAGACAGCACACACUUAAACAUUUUGAGCAUGUUCGCAUGGUGGACCCCAAGAAAGCAGCCCAGAUCUGCCCUCAGGUGAUAGCUCACCUACGUGUCAUUGAGGAACGUCUGAAUGAAAGUGUAGCCUACCUCUACAAGGUCCCACAGGUGACUAGUGAAAUCCAGGGCCAAGUGGCGUUGCUUCUUGAGCGUGUGCAAGCCGAAGCCAGUCAGCAGCUGUCCUCUGUUCAGUCCGACAUGAGAGUGAGUUAUGGUAAUGACGCUUUGAUGCCCCCUGACAGCACCUCUUCUGUGGACUCUGUGGCCGUUGAGCAGGACAACCUGGGCUUCAUCCACCCUGAGAGCUUCAACCAAGCAAACACUGAUAAUCAUGUUGAGCCUGUAGAUGCCCGUCCAGCUCCAGACAGAGGACUUCCCACACGACCCGGUUCUGGCCUAAAGCUAGAUGAGAUACCUGAGGUGCGGAUAGACACUGAAGAGAGACAGAGCACUGGAUAUGAAGUACAUCACCAGAGAUUGGUGUUCUUCGCAGACGAUGUAAGCUCUAAUAAGGGAGCCAUAAUAGGCCUAAUGGUAGGAGGCGUUGUCAUUGCUACCAUCAUCGUUAUCACCCUUAUAAUGCUGAGGAAGAAGCAGUACUCCUCCAUCCACCAUGGAGUCAUAGAGGUUGAUGCCGCAGUGACUCCAGAAGAACGCCACCUCACUAAGAUGCAGCAGAAUGGCUACGAGAACCCCACCUACAAGUUCUUUGAGCAGAUGCAGAACUAAGUCUUCAUUCUCUCCCCACCACACUUCCCCUCUCACCUUUCUCCAUCAUCACAGUGAAUAAAAGCUGAUUCUUCAUCUGCUCUAGUGCUGAACUCAUGGUGAUGAAAGUGGCUUUUAUCACCUGACCAUUUCAUCCAAUCACACAUGAGUGUUCACGUUAUUUGCACAGAAAAACGAUGCAUCGUUUUUCCUCAUCAAGCCAUAUGUCUGUUUGUCAGGACCCCUGCUCCUGUCACUGAAGUCCAAGCACUAAGUAUCUUUCUGCAUUUUCAUCUAGCCUCUUUCUCUUUUCUUCCAUCUGUCCACUCUGCUCUAGCUCUGUCUGUGCUUCUUGCUUUCUUGCACUUAUUGUCUGCUCUCCCCUUAUGGCUCUUUUGUGGCUUCCCUCCAUCGUCCUGUCUUUCCCAGAUAUUCGGACAACAGCUGUGCUGGGCUCAUGUGUGAGACUUUGAAUGCAAAGAUGGCCAGAAGCAGGAAUAAUGUACUCAUCAUUUUGAGAUUUCCAUUUAAAGACCGGGCUUGUUCUUCUUUUUUUUUUUUUUUUUUUCAGAAAAAUAUUUAAAACAAGAUUUAAAAAAUAUAUACAUAUAUAAAUAAUACAUAAGAGGAUAAAUAUUAAAGUUUGUUUUAUAUUGUGUGUGAUGUAUUGAAACAAGGCAAAAAAUAGCUGUACCUAUUUAGUGCAUGGCAAUUAUGACAGAGAGAAGGUUUUAGAUCCACUUGCUGGUAUCAGCCUCUCUCAACAUAGAGAUUCUAGCAGGAUUGUACAUUUUAGUGUUUUCUUGUGGUCAUGUAUUUUUAAAGACUUCCAAGUGUCUUUAAAGCUUUGUUGAUUGAGACAUGCUUUAAAUAAAGUCAGUGCUUUUCUUUUAGAUUCUUCUAUAACGUGCACACACACACAGCUGCAUGGGGCUGGAGAAGCUGUAAUAUGUUAAUGAAUAUAAAACUAGCACAUGUGUUUUGUUGGUAUCCUAUGCAUUCCUUUUUUUUUCCUGUUGUUUUUUUUUCCCCAAAGGGGCUUUUUGCUUUGGCCCUGUUUACUUUGAGUCCAUCUCAGGAGUUAAUAAGAGAAGGAACAGUGGGUUUAUUGUUUCUGUCCACCUUUUUAGAAGACAAAUAUAUUUCCCAUUUGCAUUGCUUUGUAUAUGUGACAUUCACAAACACUAAAUGGGAUAAAAUCUUG